UCACGAAACGACACGACGGCACCUGACGGCCUUAAUGGAGCGAAUAACGUGCAGCAUGUGGAGUGCGAUUGGCCGUUCUGGGCUCGGGAAUCCUGAAGGUGGCCUGUCAGUGCCCGUUAGCCUACGUCAAUUCAAUUGUAAACAGCUCCAUCAGCUGGAAAUGAGGAAUCUCCAAGCUUCUGCGGGGCUGACCUGCGCUCGACAUUGCGACUUGUGUUCAUCCUUGUUUCUUGCGUUCGAGCUUAUGAAUCACCAGCUGACGACCUCACGACUGCCCGCGACAUGAGCAAGUGAUUGACUGCACGACUUCCUUCACGACCGUUCCCCACGACCCUUUUCGCACUGUACACUAGUCCACCCCACUCACACCACCAAGUCGCCAUGUCGGGCGUCGAAGAUGUCAAAGGCGCGCGCCGGUCGCACAAGUCGCCAUACACCGCCCACAAUCCCAUACCGACCGUGCAGAGAUAUCGCGAAGAGAAACAGCGACGGCAGGACGAGUACGGACACCCAGAGCCGGAUGAGGACAACGUAGACGGACGGAGCAGGCGCGAGCGAAUUGGCGAUGCAUACAAUGCCUUCACACACGGUGCCGAAGCACACGUCGAAGGCGACCAGCCCUACGAUGCAGAGAACAAGAACUUGGCAAGAGAGAGGGAAGAGGCACCGGACCAUGCUGGCCAGACUGUAACUGCGAACAGCAAGCAGCUGCCGCAGGAUCAAGACUCCAACGCCGCAGCUGAAGACACCACUGAGGGCGUCAUGACUGAGCAGGACCCCAAGAAGGCGCGCAAGCACAUGAAGAAGUUCAGCGCGGACGGCACAGAACGAGAGGUCACAGAUCCUGUCACACAUCUGCCUGUUGUCAUCCACGACUUCACCGAUAAGGAUCUGAAGAGCACUGCAGAGAACGAUCCGCCAGUAGGGGUAGAGCCAAAGACAAGGACUGGAACUGGUGGUAUCGAAAAGACAGAUGACAUGCUCAAGGAUGACCAGCAUGACUCCCAGGACUCGCACAAAGCCAUGGAGGUCCUAUUUCCGCCGCCCGAGUUUGACAACACACGGCAAGAGAUCACAACAGUCUACCGAAGGGCUGUGGAAGUCGGGUUAGGAAUCAUUGCCGUUGGCUUACUGGGUGUAAGAGCGCUAUUCUGGUUCACACGCAACUCAUCAGGCUGGGUCAAGCAGUUCUUCCACCUGAUCGAGCUAGCCCUAUCAGCGGGUAUUGCAGUAGGCACGAUCGUCUUUAUGAGGCAGUGGACCGACAACAAGAUCAAGAACGUGUGGGAUGUCGAAGUCUGGCAAGCAGAACGCCAACAAGGGCGGAAACUGGCUAAAAGCGAGACCGCAGAGAGUACCCAGUGGCUCAACUCGCUGGUAGCAUCGAUUUGGCCCCUGAUUAAUCCUGACUUGUUCACCAGUAUCUCAGACACGCUCGAGGAUGUCAUGCAAGCCUCUUUGCCGAGUAUGGUGCGUAUGGUUGCAGUCGAAGACCUCGGACAGGGCAGCGAAGCAAUCCGCCUUCUGGGUGUAAGGUGGCUGCCGACGGGCGCGGCUGCAAGAUCCGUAAACGCCGACGGGAAGUUGAAGAGUGCUGAUGAAGAGAAGGGAGACAGGACUGUCGUUGACAAUGGUGAGAGCGAAGGUGAUAAGCCCCAAGAUAGCAUGGAGGCAGAAGAAGGUGAUUUCGUCAACAUGGAAAUUGCGUUCGCAUACCGCCCCGCAACCGGACACGGCAUUAAGUCGCGCGCGAACCAUGCCCAUCUCUACCUUGCUUUCUACCUUCCCGGCAAGAUCAAACUCCCUGUUUGGGUCGAACUCUCCGGUAUCGUGGGCGUUGUCCGCAUUCGACUGCAGCUUUGCCCCGACCCUCCAUUCUUCUCAGUCUGUACCAUGUCUUUCUUGGGUCAACCCAAGGUGAACCUCUCAUGUGUACCGCUCAUCAAGAAGGGGCCCAAUCUUAUGGAUGUACCACUCAUCUCAAGCUUCGUUCAGUCGUCCAUGGAUGCCGCACUUGCUGAGUACGUGGCACCGAAGUCACUGACCCUUAACCUCAAGGACAUGAUGAUGGGCGACGACUUCAAGAAAGACACAGUCGCGCAGGGUAUACUAGUAGUCAGAGUCCAUCACGCAUUCGACUUCAAGGAAGGCGAUGCCGGCCUGGGACCACUCAAGAAGGGUUCCGCAGAUCCAUACGUCACGGUCGGAUGGGCGAAGUUUGGCAAGCCCAUGUGGUCCACUCGUGUCUUGCAAAAGAACAUGGAGCCGUACUGGAACGAGGAGUGUUACAUUCUGGUCACUCCAGAUGAGCUGAACGUUGACGAGCGCUUGAGGUUGCAGCUAUGGGACUCUGACCGAACGACUGCUGAUGAUGACCUCGGCCGUAUCGAGCUGGAUCUUAAGGAGAUUAUGAAGGGCCCUGAAACAAAUGGCAAGAUGCACGAUCGCGAGGAUGGCUUCAAGGCUCUCAAGGCUGGUGAAGGCAUGCCUGGAAAGCUUGCCUGGAGCCUCGGAUACUAUUCGAAAACCAGAAUUACGGAUGAUCAGCUCGAAACACAGAAUGAGGAACCCGAUAUCAACACUAUUGACCAGCUCAAGAAGAAGUCGUUUGCGGAGGCGGAAGAUAAGUUGCGUGAGGCCAGCGUAGAUCAUGCACCUGAAGUGGAGCAACAGAAGAAGGAAGACUUCCAGUCGCGUCAAGAUCAGCUUAUCAUUGCUUCGCCACCAGCACAUGACUACCCAUCUGGUAUUCUCAGCGUACAGAUCCAUCAGAUCACCGGACUGGAGCUGGAAACGUUGAACAAGAAGAAGGGGGACAAGAAUGCCGAAGCCAGCGAUGAAGAGGAAGAAGGCGAUAAUUUGCCGUCGUCGUACUGCACCAUAAUUCUCAACCACAAGAAGGUCUUCAAGACCCGCACUAAGCCAAAGAACUCAAAGCCGUUUUUCAAUGCUGGCUGCGAGCGCUUCAUCCGAGACGUGCGCAACACAGAGGUUCACAUUGCGGUCCGCGACGCUCGUGUACACGAAGACGACCCGUUGCUUGGUAUCAUCUACCUUCCCUUGGAGAAGGUGUUCAAGGAGCGAAGUCAGGUCAACUCCAUCUAUCCUCUGGCUGGCGGUGUGGGCUACGGGCGCGCUCGCGUUUCCAUGGUCUUCCGCAGCUUACAGGUUCAAUUGCCGCGAGAGCUUCUAGGCUGGGAGUAUGGUACGCUAGACAUAAAGCCAGUCGUCAAGGCUAUCGAUGUGCCCCAGGAACUGGCGCCUUUAAGGAUGAAAGUCACCACCAGCCUCGGGAAAGGCAAGCUCCACUCGCGAGGAAGGGAUGGCAGGGUCAAGCAACACGAGGAGGGCGGCACCAUGUGGAGAUCGCGAAGAGAUCGUGCCAUCCGCCUACCAGUGAAGGCGCGCUACGCAUCACCACUGGUCGUCGAAUUUCGCCAGGACGCUACUCUGCGGGACCACAGUCCCGCCUUCGCCAUCCUGUGGCUGAAAAAUAUUGUCGACAAUGAAGAGCAGACUGUCCGCCUCGACGUCUGGAAGGGUGACCUCAACCGCGCCAAGAACAAUAUGCUCGACAGCUACGGCGAGAAAGUGGGCCAGAUCGAGUUGACACUGACUUUCUGGUCCGGGCUCUCAGGCUACCACGAGGACUACGCCAAGGGCGACAAGCACCUCCUCAACGUCAUGGAAGUCCUCGACGUCUGCAACAAUCAAGAAUACUCCGACUGGGACGAGACCAACGACUCCGGCGCCCCCAACAUCCAAAGCUCAAACAGUGACUCCUCAUCAUCAUCCUCUGACUCCGACGACGAAGACAAAUCGACGAUGGAGAAGAUCACCCCAGAUUUCCUGCAGAAGCACAAGAAGACGGAUAGUAAGCUCAGUGACGAUGGGAAGAGGGGCACGAUUGAUCAGUUGAAGGAUUACAAACGGCAUAAUAAAGAGCUGCAUAGGAAGAAUCGGGGGUUGAUGCAGUGGAAGGGCCCGAGGACGCUGGCGUGGAUGAAGCAUACCGCGGAUCGCGGGAAGAAUAAGGUUAAGGAGCUUGUGCAUCAUAAGGAGAGGGGUGGUGGGGGAGGCAUCGAGACGGAAGCUUGAGUUGAACAUUCGUCUAAGCGUAGCGCGAGCGUUUAGGCGUUGUAGCUCAUACGUUAGCGAGGAGGCCUUCAGGGUAUUAUUUACGAACGCGUAGUUUGCGGUUGGUGUGGCGAUUCUGGGUUGUUCCAGGAGGUCUUCAAACCUUUUUUUUUAUGAAUGUGAAGCUUGUGGUUGGUGUUGCAAGUAUGGUUCG